AUGGCUAAAUUGUUGGAAUGUGAAGGUGUGGAUAGAAGAAAGACAGAUGUUAGGGAAUACCAGACCACAGCAGAGAAGUCUCCUGGAGCCUAUUUCCUUCCCGAGUUUGCACUCUCUCCUCAGGGAAGUUUUCUUGAAGAUACCACAGGGGAGCAGUUCCUCACAUAUCGCUAUGAUGACCAGACCUCAAGAAACACACGUUCUGAUGAAGACAAAGAUGGCAAUUGGGAUGCUUGGAGCGACUGGAGUGACUGCUCCCGGACCUGUGGGGGAGGAGCAUCCUAUUCUUUGCGGAGAUGUCUGACUGGGAGGAAUUGUGAAGGGCAGAACAUUCGCUACAAGACAUGCAGCAAUAACGACUGCCCUCCGGAUGCAGAGGAUUUCAGAGCCCAGCAGUGUUCUGCUUACAAUGAUGUCCACUACCAAGGACGCUACUAUGAAUGGCUUCCAAGAUACAACGAUCCUACCUCCCCAUGUGCACUCAAGUGCCAUGCUCGGGGACAUAACUUGGUAGUGGAACUUGCCCCCAAGGUACUGGAUGGAACUCGUUGCAAUGCAGAUUCCCUGGACAUGUGCAUCAGUGGCAUCUGUCAGGCAGUGGGCUGUGACCGGCAACUGGGAAGUAAUGCCAAGGAAGACAACUGUGGUGUGUGUGCUGGUGAUGGCUCCACCUGCAGGCUUGUGCGGGGACAAUCCAAGUCACACGUUUCUCCAGAGAAAAGGGAAGAAAACGCCAUUGCUGUCCCUUUAGGAAGUCGAAAUGUGAGGAUUACUGUGAAAGGGCCUGCACAUCUCUUUAUUGAAUCAAAAACACUUCAAGGAAGCAAAGGAGAACACAGCUUUAACAGCCCUGGAGUUUUUGUUGUAGAAAACACAACAGUUGAAUUUCAGAGGGGGUCAGAGAGACAAACCUUUAAGAUUGCAGGACCCCUAAUGGCGGAUUUCAUUUUCAAGAUCAGGUACACUGUGGCCAAAGACAGCGUGGUCCAGUUCUUCUUUUACCAGCCAAUCAGUCAUCAGUGGAGACAGACAGACUUCUUUCCCUGCACUGCAACUUGUGGAGGAGGUUAUCAGCUCAAUUCUGCUGAGUGUGUGGAUACUCGCUUGAAAAGGGUGGUUCCUGACCAUUAUUGUCAUUACUACCCUGAAAACGUAAAACCAAAACCCAAACUGAAGGAAUGCAGCAUGGAUCCUUGCCCAUCCAGUGAUGGAUUUAAAGAGAUUAUGCCCUAUGAUCACUUCCAACCUCUUCCCCGCUGGGAACAUAAUCCUUGGACUGCAUGUUCGGUGUCCUGUGGAGGAGGCAUUCAGAGACGCAGCUUUGUGUGUGUUGAGGAGUCCAUGCAUGGGGAGAUACUACAAGUGGAAGAAUGGAAGUGCAUGUACGCACCCAAGCCCAAGGUUAUGCAAACUUGCAAUCUGUUUGAUUGCCCCAAGUGGAUUGCUAUGGAGUGGUCUCAGUGCACAGUGACUUGUGGCCGAGGGUUGCGUUACCGGGUUGUUCUGUGUAUCAACCACCAAGGACAACAUGUUGGGGGCUGCAAUCCACAAUUGAAGUUACACAUCAAAGAAGAAUGCAUCAUCCCUAUCCCAUGCUAUAAACCAAAAGAAAAAGGUCCAGUGGAAGCUAAAUUACCUUGGUUAAAACAAGCACAGGAACUUGAAGAGACCAGAAUAGCAACAGAAGAACCAACGUUCAUUCCGGAGCCCUGGUCAGCCUGCAGUACCACAUGUGGGUUAGGCGUUCAAGUCCGAGAAGUGAAGUGUCGAGUUCUCCUCACAUUCACGCAGACAGAGACGGAGCUGCCUGAGGAGGAGUGUGAGGGUCCCAAGCUGCCCACUGAACGGACUUGCCUCGUGGAAGUGUGUGAGGAGAGCCCAGCCUCCCACCCGCUGGGUGCCUCUGGCCAGGAGAAGGACAGCGAGAUGACUUAUGACUGGGAGUACACCGGGUUUACCCCUUGCACUGCGACAUGUUUGGGAGGCCAUCAAGAAGCCAUAGCAGUGUGCUUACACACCCAGACCCAACAAACAGUCAAUGACACGUUGUGUGAUGCAGCCCACCGUCCCCCAGCUAUGAGCCAGGCUUGUAACGUGGAGCCCUGCCCACCCAGGUGGCACACGGGCUCCUGGGGACCCUGCUCAGCUACCUGUGGUGUUGGAAUCCAGACUCGAGAUGUACACUGCCUGCACCCUGGAGAAUCCCUUGUCCCUCCUGAAGAAUGCAGAGCUGAAAAGCCCCAUGCCUUGCAAGCAUGCAAUCAGUUUGAUUGCCCUCCUAGCUGGCACAUUGAAGAAUGGCAGCAGUGCUCCAGGACAUGUGGUGGGGGAACUCAGACUCGAAGAGUCACCUGCCGGCAGCUGUUGACAGAUGGCAGCUUUCUGAAUCUCUCCGAUGAAUUGUGCCAGGGGCCCAAGGCUUCAUCUCGUAAAUCCUGUGCCAGGACAGACUGUCCCCCACAGUUCACAGCGGGAGACUGGUUGCAGUGUUCUGUCAGCUGUGGCGUGGGAAUCCAGAGAAGAAAGCAGGUGUGUCAAAGGCUGACAGCCAAGGGUCAGCGCAUUCCUCUCAACGAGGUGAUGUGCAGGAAUCUCCCAGGGCCCCCUCUUGUGAGAUCUUGCCAGAUGCCUGCAUGCAGCAAGAUCCAGGCUGUUAUGAAAACAAAACUAGGGGAUCCGGGUCCUCAGAUCCUCGGUGUCCAGAGAGUCUACAUUCAGACGAGGGAAGAGAAGCGCAUUAACCUGACCAUUGGUAGUAGAGCCUAUUUGCUGCCCAACACAUCAGUGAUUAUUAAAUGCCCAGUGCGACGAUUCCAAAAGUCUAUGAUCCAGUGGGAGAAAGACGGCCAUUGUUUGCAGAACUCCAAAAGACUGGGCAUCACCAAGUCAGGCUCCCUCAAAAUUCACAGUCUUGCUGCCCCCGACAUUGGCGUGUACCGGUGCAUUGCAGGUGCUGCUCAGGAAACAGUUAUUCUCAAGCUCAUUGGUACCGACAACCGACUCAUUGCACCCCCAGCCCUCAGAGACCACAGGAGAGGGUAUCCUGGGAUAGACCACAACCAAGACGGUGGUUUGGGAGCCACGGGGCAUAAAAUGCGACAAAUGUGGAGGAACAAAAAUGAGCUUUAUCUGGAUGAUGGCCAAAUUAAUAACCAGCCUUUCUUGAGAGCUCUCUUGGACCGUUGCAGCAAUUCCGCAGGAAAUUCCAACUCCUGGGAGUUGAAGAGCAAGCCUUUCGAAGCUGCAGUUAAACAGGGAGCCUACAGCAUGGACACAGCCCAGUUUGAAGAGCUAAUAAGAAACAUGAGUCAGCUCAUGGACACGGGAGAGGUCAGUGAUGACCUUGCAUCCCAACUGAUCUAUCAGCUGGUGGCGGAGUUAGCUAAGGCACAGCCCACUCACAUGCAAUGGAGGAACACUCAGGGCGAGGUGCCUCCCUCGGCUCAGCUCAGAGGGGAUACAGGAAGUGUGCUUCAAAACACAAAUGCAAAGAACUCAGGCAGGCUGACAUUCAAUCCAAAGGCACCUGUUCUCAGGAGACAAGGUCAGGCCCCUGAAGUUUCAUUUAAUCAAACGAUACAUUCAAGGAUUGGAAAUACAGUAUACAUUACAAACAGGACUGAGGUCAUCAACAUACUGUGUGACCUCCUAACCCCCAGUGAGACCACAUAUACGUGGACCAAGGAUGGAGUGUUGCUACAGCCCUCAGCAAAAAUCGUUUUGGAUGGAACGGGGAAAAUACAGAUACGGAACCCUACGAGGAAAGAACAAGGGAUUUAUGGGUGCUCGGUAGCCAAUCAUCUGGGUUCAGAUGUGGAAAGUUCCUCUGUGUUGUAUGCAGAGGCACCUGCCAUCUUGUCUUCUGAAAGAAACAUUAGCAAACCGGAACACAGCCACCUGUCUGCCGUAGUUGGAGGUGUCAUAGAGGCAGCCCUGCGAGCGAACGUGACUAUCCGAUGUCCUGUAAAAGGUGUCCCUCAGCCCAGUAUAACUUGGUUGAAGAGAGGAGGAUCUCUGAGUGACAAUGUUUCCUUGCUUUUCAAUGGAUCCCUGUUGUUGCAGAAUAUUUCCCUUGAAAAUGAAGGACCCUAUGUCUGCACAGCCUCCAAUGCUCUUGGGAAGGCCACGGCAACAUCUGUACUUCACUUACUGGAACGAAGAUGGCCAGAAAGUAAAACUGUCUUUCACAAGGGACAUAAAAAUCACAUGCAUUUGGCUUCUGACACUGGACCCGUCAACAAUCAUAAACCAAGAGAAACCAUACUUCAAGAACCUUUUUGGGAGCCUGGUAACUGGACACAUUGUUCUGCCUCCUGUGGCCACUUGGGAACCAGCAUUCAGAGACCCCGGUGUAUGAUGGCCAAUGGGCAGGAAGUGAGUGAGGCCCUCUGUGAGCAGCAGCAGAAGCCACUGGCUGGGUUUCAGCCCUGUAACAUCCGGGACUGCCCAGCGAGGUGGCUGACGAGCGCAUGGUCAGAAUGUUCUGCAUCUUAUGGGGAGGGAUUCCGCAGUCGGCAAGUCACGUGCAAACAGACCAAAGCCAACGGGACAGUGCACGUCGUAUCUCCGAGAGCGUGUGCCACCAAAGACCGGCCUCUGAGGAGAAAACUGUGUUCCAGUCUUCCAUGUGCUCCACGGGCUGUUGGACCAGGGAGCCAGUAUCCAGGGCGUUGUAUGGGCCAUGCCUUGAGGGUGCAGCCUUUGCAGCACACAGCUUGCCAACAACACAACGGCUCAGUGGCACCAGACUCUCACUGUGAAGACAGAAAGAGACCCACCUUUAGGAGGAACUGCUCAUCGGGGGCCUGUGACGGGUGCUGGCACGCAGGCCCGUGGAGACCCUGUUCAGCAUCCUGUGGCAGGGGCUUCCAGGUGCGGAAGGUGGACUGUGUGCACAAAAGGAGCUGCACGCCUGUGGAUGAGAGGCACUGUGGGCGGCAGAAGAAGCCAACUGCCUGGCGGCACUGCCUGGGGUCUUCCUGUGACAGACAUUGCACAGACACCACUCACUACUGCUUGUUUGUAAAGCAUCUUCAUCUGUGUCCCAUAGACCUCUACAAACAAAGGUGCUGCCGGUCAUGUCAAGAAGGAUAA